AUGGACGGUAUAGUCAAGCCAAGCUUUCCAAAUCUUGAAAGUGCAAUCAAGACCUUGGCAACUCUGAUCAGUCCUGAUAAUCCGAAACUCAAGAUUACAUACCGUGACCAGAUGAAAAACGACCCCAGGGGUCCAAAAGCCUGUCGCGAUAACUUGAGUGUUGCCCUUAUGACUCUCCGAGAAUCCUUGCUGAGACUUUGGUUAUUGGUUAAAAGGUACAAUUUUGCAGGCAAACUAAUCGGGCCCAAACUCGAGCGACUGGUCGAUUUGCGCGACAUUCCACGUACACAAGAGACCACCUGGUUAAUUAGAGGUAUCAGGGAAAUACGACUGGAUGGCGAACGUGAGGCUAUCAGGGAAAUACGACUGGAUGGCGAACGUGAGGCACUGGAUCAUGCCGAACAUAUAUAG